UCCCAGGCUACAUCACUGCACAUCUCCACGCUCUCUGCUCAAACGCUCUCUGCUCUGACACAGGAAGACAGGGGAAAACAUCAACAGCGAAUAGAAGGACAACAGCUGUACAGAAAGAGUUAAACAGAAGAAACACUGGCCAUGAAGGGACGACAAAGGAACACAGACACCCAUCAUGAGGACACAACUGAGGACAUGGCAGCAGCUAUUACAAACAUGGACCCUCAUCCUGAUCUCCACCCACCAGGUUCACCUUCUUCAUCAUCAUCUUCUUCUCCCCCUCUUCCUCCAUUAGCCAUGCCACCUUCUACAUCUGCCACUGCUCUCCUGUCACUCGCCUCUCCAGCCACCAGGCGCUCCAUUUCCAUGGGGGACUUCCGGAGGGUGACAGGGGCGCUGCUAGCUGGUUCUGAACCCCCAUCGACCUCAGCCACGGCCCCUUCCUCCAAGCUUGUCACCCCCAGCUCCAGCAUGGAGUUUGAGGCAGCUCGGCGGCGCCUCCUGGAGGUGGAGGAGCGUCAGCGUGUCAUCAGAGAGAUGGAGCGGCGGUUGGAAGAGCUCAGGGAGGUGUUUGUGCGCUCAGAGCAGGAAGUGGUGGUCCAUGGGGAGCUGGUGUCACGGAUAUCCAGUGCAGCACAGCAGGGGGAGCUGUACGUGGCGGAGAACAGUCAACGGCUAAAGAAAGGCCUGCGGUUCAAGAAACAUCGACCCACCAUUGUCUUCUCCUCCAUGCUCGGGCUUCGCACGUGCCUCCCCUGGCCUGUGAAGCUCAAAUAGGACGAAAUGGAGGCUUGCAUUUCCACUAUCGCUUUAGAAGUGUGCUUUACAUAAACGGGAAGAUAGACUUCCAUUCUUUAGCUAUCACUCAUUAACACAGUUACUUUUCGGUUUCCACCUUUCUGCUCUUGUAUCCUGAGGCUGGUCCUCCAGGUUUUUAGAGUGCCUACAAUAAUCACAAAUGCUAGUAAGGAGCUUCCUGGUCGGAGCACUGUGUAUCUCUUAGGAAAUUCUCUGGCUAGCAAACCAAUCAAACUAGUAGUGCAGUGUACAGAUUGUGUUUUUUGUCCUCAUUCUUUUCACAGACAUUUUGCUGCUCUCAGUUUGGUAGGCAUAAGAGAGAUUGUUUAUUGAUACUGAAUCCAUGGUGCAUGUAUGAGUCAUUUUUCAGGUGAUGUGAGAGAGAAGAGGUUCAGUCUGGCCUGCGAGGCAACAAGAGCUUUACUGUACGUUUCUUUAUGCAGCAAAGAAAGAAAAGCCAAUGACGAUUAUGUAAUGUUAACCUUUUUUAGAGGAGGAAGAGAGAAAGCAAAAAAGAUGAGGAGAAAGCUUUGAACAAUCUGCCUCUCCAACCUGUUAAGUAAGAAGAAGUGAAGGGCAAUGAAAGAGAACGAGAGGUGAAGCUGUGAUAGUGAUGCUGCACUGUUACAUAAAACCAAGGAUGCAGAGAAGGCGCAGGAAAUUGCAACGAGGAGAGGUCUGAGAACGAGAGAAUGCACAAAAUGUGGAACCUAGAUGGCUGAGACAUAUACAGAAAAUGUGCCUUGGCUUCUCUGUGACCACUCGUCCACUACCACAGCCCCUUUCUGUUUUCGGUGGCAUAAAGGAGGAAAAGGCAAGAGAGGAGUUAAUGCUGGGACAAUUCCACCUGUGGCCUCUUUUUAUCCUGUCACCUAGCAACCACUCGUCUCUCCAAAAUCCGCUUCCACAAACCUUCAGAAUGUAUCCAGCAGUGCACUGUAACUACAUCAGUACUAGACAGCUGUAGAUGUCCCCCAAGGGAUUUAGGAGCUGGAAUUUCUGAUGCUUUUGUUAAAAAAAAAACUGGCUAUGUAGUCAAAAAUAUUAUUAGCAGAAGCUUGUUGUUGAAGCUGCUCAUUUAUUUGAUUGUUAAGGGUUGCACUUAGGUUAAGCCAUGCAUGCAUC